ACGCCACUAGCUCCUCCCCGAGGCCGGUCCCCAACUCGCCGGCAGCGCGGGGGCGGCCGCCGCCGGACCCCGCCUGCGGGCGGUGCCGCGGGCAGACCCGGCCCCGCUCCUCCCCGUCCCGCAGCGAACUGGGCUGGCUCGGCGCCGCGCCGGAGGCACCAAGAUGGCUGUUCUCUCAAAGGAGUAUGGCUAUGUCAUCCUGACGGGGGCUGCCAGCUUCGUCUUGGUCACCCAUCUGGCGGUGAAAGUGGCCAAGGCCCGCAAGAAGUACAACGUGGAGUAUCCAACCAUGUACAGCACAGACCCUGAACACGGGCGUGUAUUCAACUGCAUCCAGCGUGCGCACCAGAACACAUUGGAAGUUUACCCUGCCUUCCUGUUCUUCUUAGGCACCAGUGGAAUCUAUCACCCGCGGACUGCCACAGGGCUUGGCAUCACUUGGAUUAUUGGGAGAAUCCUUUAUGCCUAUGGCUACUACACAGGAGAUCCAAAAAACCGAAGGAGAGGAGCCAUUGGUUCAGUUGCGCUCAUUGGGCUGGUGGGCACAGGAGUGUAUUCGGCUUGCCAGCACCUUGGCUGGAUCUGCCAGGGCUAACUGACCAUCAUGAUGGCUGGCUAGGAAACUAAAGGAACUUUUGUUGUCUUUUCUGUUAGAACAUUUCAUUUCCUGUUUGUUUUUUUUUUUUUCCUUCUCAUUCAAUAAAAUGAAGUUGUCAAUCCUGUAUUUUCA